UUCAACGGUGAUCUAAGAUAAACAUACUUGACGGUCAACUCGCGUGCGCAUUUCAAUUUUUACGAGUAUUAGCAGGCGUGUUAAACGUUUAAGCAUUUAGUGCCAGUCGAUACAUCACUUUGGUCAGUGAGUAGUUGAUCGUCGGGAUGUAUUCGCAGUUGUUUCUAUUAGUCUCUCUCGUGGUGAGCGCUUCUUGCGCUGGGUUGAAUGAAGAAUUUACUUGGACACGGAUUAAUUAUGUAUGGCCUACACCAUCCAGAUCUGGUUUUGGCAGAGGAUACAAACCUUAUGUGCCUACAACGUAUGGCAGUUAUGGUCAGGGUGGUGUUGUCAUUCAUGGGACGGAUUUUGCAUUUCCUGGUAAUGUAAAUACCGAACAUAGUCAGAAUAUGAAAACUACUACAUCUACUACAACAGCUAGUCCUUCAAGUGGAGAUAAAGAGGAUUUUAAGGAUGUUGAUUACGUUUAUCAAAACAACAUUCCAAUGGGUGCAAACCGUUGGCAGGAUAAAUUAUUCAUAACGGUGCCAAGACGCAGGGGUGGUGUGCCAGCAACCCUCAAUUAUGUCUCAAUGAGUAGUACCAGUAGACAUAACGUACCAUUAACCCCGUAUCCAAACUGGAAGGCGAAUCAACUAGAUGCACCCGCACAUGAGAGAUUGGUUUCUAUCUAUCGAGUUGCAAUUGAUGCUUGUGAUAGAUUAUGGGCAAUAGAUACAGGCAUAAUUGAAAUUCCAGGCAAUCGCACUGAUAUUCAACCACAUUCAAUUGUAAUUUACGACUUAAAAACCGACAAAUUAAUCCACCGUUACACAUUGAAAGAUUCCGACCUUCGUCCACCCACGAUUUUGGCGUUGAUUACUGUUGAUGUGACUGCUGAUACCUGCGACAAUGCGUAUGCCUACAUGCCUGAUUUAGCAGGAUAUGGCUUGAUUAUUUAUAGUCUCAAAGAUAAUAACUCCUGGAGAGUAAAUCACAACUAUUUCUACCUGGAACCCUCAGCAGGAGAAUUUAAUAUUGGCGGUCAAAAAUUCCAAUGGAAUGAUGGAGUCUUCAGUGUUGCGUUAUCUGGGAUUAAACAAGAUGGCUAUCGGGAUAUGUUCUUUCAUUCUAUGGCUGGCGUUCACAUGUACAAAGUGUCUACGGACGUUUUGAAAAAUCAAACGAGGGCUACACGUUCAUAUCAUGAGAAUGACUUUAUUGACUUGGGACAUCGUGGGGAUCUUGCUCAAACGUCAGCAACUGAUUUGCAUAAACCAACCGGAGCUUUUAUGAGUUUGGUCAAUCAGAAUGCUCUUGGAUGCUGGAAUACAAACAAAGCGUUUACUCCCGAUAACUUUGACAUUGUUCAGAAAAAUGAUCAGAAAAUGAUUUAUCCAUGUGACUUAAAAGUCUACAAAGACGAUGUGAUUUUGUUGACGAAUAACAUGCCAAUAUUUUUAUACAGUAGCUUGAAUUAUGAUGAAGUUAAUUUCCGAAUUUGGAUGAAUUCAGUUGACGCAGCUGUCAGUUCAACGAAAUGUAGUGCACGGCGAGGUGGAAGGCCUUCUUACGGAAAAUAUUAAUAAAUUAAUGUAUAUUGCAGAACAAACAAUAAAGAGAAAUUGAUUUUUAAUAAAUUGAGUAUUUUUACAAAGUUUUAAAA